CUUCACACUUAUAUAUAUCGAAACUCCCUAUAAUCGCCUCCACCCCCUCUUCUCUCUCUUUUCCGUUCUCCUCCUUCCUCGCCUCUCGUUAUAAUCGAAGCCGAUUCCAGCAGAGAGGCGUUGAAGGGAUCGAUCUCUGAUCGCUGACACCGCACGCUCUGCUUGAUCCGUUGAGGAGAUCUCUUCUCCCGUGGAAACUGGGUCGAGGUCAUAGCUGUUUGAUAUGGCAACAGCACCUGCAGCAACAGGAUGGCUGAGGGGAAGAGUGAAGGCUGUUCCUUCUGGAGACUGCAUUGUGAUCAUGGGAAGCGCCAAAGCAGAGAUCCCCCCAGAGAAGACCAUCACAUUGUCUUCUCUCGUUGCUCCUAGACUGGCCCGCCGUAAUGGAGUUGAUGAACCCUUUGCAUGGGAUAGCAGAGAAUUUUUAAGGAAACUUUGCAUAGGAAAGGAGGUCACUUUCCGAGUAGACUACACAGUUCCAUCCAUAGGGAGAGAAUUUGGUACUGUCUUUCUUGGGGAUAAAAAUAUAGCAUUGUUGGUUGUUUCUGAAGGGUGGGCAAAGGUUAGGGAGCAGGGUCAACAAAAAGGUGAAGCAAGUCCUUUCUUGGCAGAACUGCUGCGUCUAGAAGAGCAAGCGAAGCAACAAGGUUUAGGCCGCUGGAGCAAGGUACCUGGUGCUUCUGAGGCAUCAAUUAGGGAACUGCCCCCUUCAUCUGUUGGGGACCCUAGUAAUUUGGAUGCCAUGGGUCUCUUAGCUGCAAACAAAGGCAAGCCUAUGCAGGGAAUUGUGGAACAGGUCCGUGAUGGCAGCACUGUUCGUGUUUAUCUGCUCCCAGAGUUUCAGUUUGUCCAGGUCUUUGUUGCAGGCGUUCAGGCACCAUCCAUGGGAAGAAGGGCUGUGGCAGAACUUGAGAUAACUACUAAUGAUGCAAAUGAAGAAGUUCCCACUGAAUCUAGAACGACUCUAACAUCAGCUCAGAGGCUUGCAGCCUCCACAGCAUCGUCGACUGAAGUUGCACCAGAUCCUUUUGGAAGAGAAGCUAAACACUUCACGGAGAUCCGCGCUUUAAAUAGAGAUGUCCGGAUUGUGCUUGAAGGUGUAGACAAAUUUAGUAAUCUAAUUGGUUCGGUAUACUAUCCUGAUGGAGAUACUGCAAAAGACUUGGCUCUGGAGCUUGUACAAAAUGGGUUAGCUAAAUACGUGGAAUGGAGUGCAAAUAUGAUGGAAGAUGAGGCGAAACGACGGCUAAAGGCUGCUGAACUUCAAGCCAAAAAAGACCGCUUAAGAAUUUGGACUAACUAUGUGCCACCUGCAACAAAUUCGAAGGCUAUCCAUGACCAAAACUUCACGGGAAAGGUGGUAGAGGUUGUAAGUGGAGACUGUGUAAUUGUUGCUGAUGACUCUGUCCCGUAUGGCAGUCCACUGGCUGAGCGACGGGUGAAUCUUUCAAGCAUCAGGUCCCCUAGAAUGGGCAAUCCUCGUAGAGAUGAAAAACCUGCACCCUACGCUCGUGAGGCUAGGGAAUUUUUGCGUACACGUCUUAUCGGUCGUCAAGUAAAUGUGUCAAUGGAGUACUCUAGGAAGUUAAGCAUGGUGGAUGGACCCAACCCAAUAGGUGCAGCUGGCUCGGCUGAUUCUAGAGUAAUGGAUUUUGGCUCAGUUUUCCUGGUGUCUCCUUCCAAAGCUGAGGGUGAUGAUGCUGCUCCUGUUCCACCUUCUGCAAGUGGUCGACCAGCAGGGAUAAAUGUUGCUGAGCUAGUAGUCGGACGUGGCUUUGGCACUGUCAUCAGACACAGAGAUUUUGAAGAACGGUCAAAUUAUUAUGAUGCUUUGUUGGCAGCCGAGUCACGUGCUACCAAUGGAAAGAAAGGGAUUCAUUCUGCCAAGGACCCUCCGGUGAUGCAUAUAACAGAUCUGACAAUGGCCUCAGCAAAGAAAGCGAGAGAUUUCUUGCCAUUUCUACAACGCACUAGAAGACUCAAUGCUGUUGUUGAAUAUGUUCUUAGCGGUCACCGUUUUAAAUUACUGAUACCGAAAGAGACAUGUAGUAUUGCAUUCUCGUUUUCUGGUGUUAGGUGCCCUGGUCGAGAUGAGCCUUUUUCAGAUGAAGCAAUUGCUUUAAUGAGAAGGAAAAUUCUGCAAAGGGAUGUUGAGAUAGAAGUUGAGACAGUUGAUAGGACUGGAACUUUCUUGGGCUCCCUGUGGGAGUCAAGGACCAACAUGGCUGUGACUCUUUUGGAAGCAGGACUGGCAAAGCAUCAAACAUCAUUUGGUACAGACAGGAUUCCAGAUGCUCACCUCCUUGCACAGGCUGAGCAAUCCGCAAAACAGCAGAGAUUGAAAAUAUGGGAGAACUAUGUUGAAGGCCAAGAACCAGCUAAUGGUUCCACAACUGAAAGCAAACAGAAGGAAGUACUUAAGGUUGUGGUCACUGAAGUCCUAGGUGGUGGCAAAUUCUAUGUCCAGACAGUUGAUGAUCAGAAGGUGGCUGCUAUUCAGCAGCAGCUUGCCUCGCUGAAUCUCCAGGAAGCUCCAGUUAUUGGAGCUUUCAGUCCUACAAAGGGUGAUAUAGUCCUUGCCCAGUUCACUGUAGAUAACUCUUGGAACAGAGCCAUGAUUGUUAAUGGGCCACGAGGGGUUGUGGAAUCACCAGAGGAGAAGUUUGAAGUGUUUUAUAUUGACUAUGGAAACCAAGAAACAGUUCCCUACAGUCGCUUACGACCUCUGGAUCCCUCGGUUUCAUCUGCACCUGGUUUGGCUCAACUGUGCAGCCUUGCAUACAUUAAAGUCCCAAAUUUAGAGGAUGAUUUUGGGCAAGAAGCUGCAGAGUAUCUGAGCGAGCGCACUCUAAACAGCUCUAGGGAGUUCAGGGCUAUGGUUGAAGAAAGAGAUACCUCGGGAGGAAAAGUAAAAGGACAGGGAACUGGAACAGUUCUUGUUGUAACACUUGUUGAUGUGGAAGCUGGUACCAGUGUCAAUGCUGCCAUGCUGCAGGAUGGACUUGCUAGGCUAGAAAGAAAGAAGAGGUGGGACACAAAGGAAAGAAAGGCAGCCCUUGAUAACCUGGAAGAGUUCCAAGAAAAAGCAAAACGAAAGAGGUUGAGGAUGUGGCAGUAUGGGGAUGUCCAAUCUGAUGAUGAAGACUCAGCCCCACCUGCAAGAAAAGCUGGUGGUCGUCGGUAGAGAGAUCUUAUAACUAGUUGUUAGGUAAAAUUAUCUAGAAUCAGGGAAUGUAAAAGGGAAAAGAGGCAGUUAGACUUAGUAGGAGAGGUAUUUUUAUCUUUAUGUGCUUCCGUUUUGUUGUUUUAUUUUCUUUCCUGUUCCUUUUUAAGCUUGAAGGGACAUUGAUUUUCACGUCUCUCAAUAAGGCAGUUCCAUGCAUUCUCAUGUUCUAUGUAGGCCGUAGAGAACCCUAUUACUUGCAAACAUAGUUUUGUACUGGUAUUGGCCCUUAAAUUAAUUUUUGGCACUUAUUAUACAUAAGAAGAUUGCAUCAUUGAGUUUUAAUGAAUCAUGAAUCUCCUAUUGUUGUUU